GUAACCGCAGAGGAAACCAUCGGUCUCAAUCAUGGCAUCGAUUCUUCCGCGUAUGAGCUUCCGGGCCUUGAGCUCUGUCUCCAGGAUGACCCCGUUGUCCAGGGCAUCCUUAGCCCCCAAACUCGUUCGCCCGCAGCCUCUCGCGCAGCCUCUCGUUCGCCGGUUCCUCGCCACGACCCCCCAGGAACAGCCGCGGUUGCGCCUUGGGUCGACUGCACCCAACUUCAAGGCCCAGACUACCCAUGGUGAGAUCGAUUUCCACGAGUUCAUCGGCGACAGCUGGGCAAUCCUCUUCUCCCACCCAGCCGACUUCACCCCCGUAUGCACCACAGAGAUCGGUGCAUUCGCCAAACUGAAGGAUGAAUUCGAAAAGCGCGGCGUCAAGAUGAUUGGCUUGAGUGCCAACGACCUCAGCUCCCAUGGGAAAUGGGUAGAAGAUAUCAACGAGGUCGCAUCCACCAACGUUCAAUUCCCCAUUAUCGCGGAUGCUGACCGCAAGGUGGCAUUCCUGUAUGAUAUGAUCAGUCAACAGGAUCUGGAAGACCUACCCAAGAAGGGCAUUGCCUUCACCAUCCGAUCCGUUUUCAUCAUCGACCCUGCCAAGAAGAUCCGUCUGAUCAUGCUGUACCCUGCCUCGACUGGUAGGAACACCGCGGAGGUCCUGCGGGUCAUUGAUUCGCUGCAGACCGGCGACAAGAAGGGUGUCGUGACUCCUAUCAACUGGGAGGUUGGUGACGAUGUGAUUGUGCCGCCGUCCGUGUCGACUGAGGAUGCAAAGAAGAAGUUUGGAGAGGUCAGAGAGCUGAAGCCAUACUUGCGGUACACCAAGGUAUAGGUAGAUCGGCCGUGCUGAAUGGUUGUGUGAACCGAGCUCAAUCUAUGGGCGUGUGUAAGCUGCAUACGGGUUCUAGAUAACAUGCCAUCUAGUGCUAUGGCCUACAAUGUAAAGGAUGCUCAGAGUCACUACCCUUUGUUUAAAAAAUAAAUAAAUGGUAAGACCAAUAUCGGAAAUGGAUGAGCUACCCUCGGCAGCACGUAACAUCUCCUACCACAAGCUCUCGUAUCCUCUACCGGAUAUCUUGCUUGCAUAGUACUCCUAGUAAUUCU